UAGCCGAAACAGUUUUUCAUCCUCAAGGGGGUGGUCAACCAUCAGAUGUCGGGCGUGUGGUUGGGGAAAAUGGCGUGACCUUUUUCGUCGAUAACGUGCGUGUGGGAGAGAACGCGAUUAUUUAUCACUACGGCACUUUUCAACAUGAAAUGAGCGAGAAUGAAGAUGGCGCGCGCUGUAUUCCAUUCAGAUCUGGCGAGAAAGUGAAGCUAGAGAUUGAUGCUGCCCGGCGAAGGCUUCACGCGCGCCUCCAUUCGGCAGGGCAUGCUUUAGACGUGGCUGUGCUCCGGCUGGGCUUGGAAUUACGGCCCACAAAGGGAUAUCAUUUCGAGGAUCAUCCAUUUGUGGAGUAUUUAGGAAGGUUGCCUGCUGAUAAAGGGUCAUCAGAAAGACUUAUCGAGGCUUUGACCUUGAAAAUACAAGAACUCAUCGAGGAAGACAUUGCGACUGAACUGUACUCCACUUCCAAGGCCGAAGCGGCGAGUAUCCUGUCAGGUGGAGUGAAGGACGUGGCUCAUUUCCCUGAAGGGGCACAAGUGCGUCUGGUCUCUGUGGGUGGGAAUAUAUGCCCAUGUGGAGGGACACAUGUAAAGAGCACUAAGGAGCUAAGAGGAGUGGAGAUAACCAGGAUCAAAACCAAGAAAAAUGUCACAAAGAUUAGCUAUAGGAUAAGUAAAGAGGGAAAAGAGAGACAGAUAUCAUAAUCCUUCGUGAUGUAAACGGUGGCAGUUGGUGCCCGCUUAUGACAUUGAACCCUGG